CAACUUUGGUCUUUUAAUGGGCAACCCUUUACCCCUUUUUUUGUUGUUGAAGUUGCAAAUCUCAAGAAAAAAGAAGUAGAUAAAGAAAUUGAUACUAAAUUUAAGAAGGAAUAUUUUGCAAUUGGUACUUCUGUGGAGUUAGGAUGGUUAAUUGAUCCAUUGAAUCGCAUUAUCCAGGUUUACAAAAGAAAUAAGAAUGGUGAACCUUAUCGUAGAAAGCGGCCAUGGGUUUAUUUGGAAGGUGGUAAACAUUUACCAGGUUUUACUUUAGAAUUGUGGCCUAUUGAUGAUAUCAUUGCUCAGGAAAUAAAUUAUGAAGAUGAUAGUAGCGAAGAAGAAGAUGAAGAAGAAUGCCCUUACUGUAAUGCAAGUAUUAAAGGCGCCUCUCAAAUGGUAAAACAUAUACAAAAUAAACAUAAUUGA